AUGUCUCUGCGUCCGUCCACUGCUCCUCUGCGUGCCCCCUUGCCUUCUCCUCAGUCUUCUCUUCCUACACUUGCCGACCCAGAGUCGGACUCUCGCCGUGCUGCCAGUCCUACUGUCACGCGUCUUCUUGCUUCUCUUGUCACUGACCCUUCCUUUGAGUCCGCUGCUGCGUCUGCCCUAGUUGCUGAGCUGGUCGACUUUGCUGCUGCGUGUCGUCUGGACUACGCUGCCAGUCUUCUUGCUGAGUCUGCUGAGUCUGCUGAGUCUGCGUCUGCUGCGUCUGCGUCUGCCUGUCCUCCGUCCGUCGGGGGUGACUGUGCUCUUGGCACGGACGUCCUUGAGGACAGGCAGGAGGAGUUCCAGUGCUUUGCCGCCGCUUUGCCCCAUCUCGUGUCCAUGCUUGUUGCCCCUAAGGGAGACCCGGAUGCUCUAGACAUCCCGACCCCACGCUCUUACGCAGAGGCGAUGGCCGGUCCCUACUCCUCUCAGUGGCAGUCAGCCAUGGACGCAGAGAUGGCUUCCUGGAAGUCCACAGGCACCUACAUUGACGCUGUUCCCCCUCCUGGGGCGAACAUUGUCAGUGGCAUGUGGAUCUUCAGGGUGAAGCGGCCGCCUGGUUCUCCGCCUGUCUUCAAGGCGCGCUACGUGGCUCGUGGCUUCAGUCAGCGACAGGGAGUUGACUUCUUUCAGACCUUCUCCCCUACCCCGAAGAUGACCACUCUUCGGGUUAUACUGCACGUCGCUGCUCAGCGUGACUACGAGCUACACUCUCUUGACUUCAGCACUGCUUUCCUGCAGGGCCGCCUGCACGAGGAGAUCUGGCUGCGCCGCCCUCCUGGCUUCACUGGGUCGUUCCCUCCUGGUACCCAGUGGAGCCUCCGGCGGCCAGUCUACGGUCUCCACCAGGUGCCGCGUGAGUGGCACGACACACUGAGGACUACACUUGCGGCUCUUGGGUUUGCUCCUUCUACUGCUGACCCGUCGCUGUUUCUGCGCACCGACACCUCGCUGCCGCCGUUCUACAUCCUCGUGUACGUCGACGACUUGGUCUUUGCCACUGCGGACACUGCCGCACUCGCCCACGUGAAGUCCGAGCUGCAGAAGAGACACACGUGCACAGACCUGGGUGAACUGACAAGCUAUCUUGGCUUGCGGAUCACCCGGGACAGAGCACGCCGCACCAUUACCCUGACUCAGUCACACAUGGUGCAGCAGGUCCUUCAGCGCUUCGGCUUCACGUACUCCUCGCCUCAGUCCACUCCUCUGUCUACUCGCCACUCGCUCUCAGCUCUGCCUUCGGAUGAGUCCUUAGAGUCGAGUGGUCCGUAUUCAGAGCUUGUGGGCUGCCUCAUGUACCUGAUGACCUGCACUCGACCUGACCUCGCAUACCCUCUCAGCAUCUUAGCACGCUAUGUUGCUCCCGGCUGUCACCGGAAGGAGCACAUGGAUGCAGCUAAGAGGGUGUUGCGCUACUUGUGCAGUACGUCGGGCAUGGGGCUAGUGCUUGGAGGGCGUGAGCGGCCUGUGCUCACUGGGCACUCAGACGCUUCUUGGGCUGACGACCAGGCUACUCAGAGGUCCUCCAGCUGUGAGGCUGAGAUCUACGCCACGGCCAUGGCUGCCCAGGAGCUUCGCUCGCUCACCUACCUGCUGACUGACCUUGGAGAGCGGCCUCGUUCUCCUCCAGUGCUGUACGUCGACAACAAGGCAACCAUUGCCUUGUGUGAGGAGCACAGACUGGAGCACAGGACGAAGCACAUUGCUCUGCGCUACUUCCUUGCUCGAGAGCUGCAGCAGCGUGGUCAGCUUCGCCUUCGUUUCGUGGCCACUGAGGCCAACACUGCUGAUGUGUUCACCAAGGCACUUCCGCCUCGUGACCAUCAGCGCUUUUGCACUCUGCUAGGCCUUGUGCCCGUUGGGCCUCACUUGCUUACCUCUUGA